GAAACUAAAACCAAAAUAAUUAUGAAAAUGUCCGAGAAUCCGAUCAAAAUGACUUCAGAAUGCCCAGGUAAAAGUUCAUGGCCUGAGUUAGUUGGGUUUGAUGGGGAAACUGCAGCAAGAAUAAUUGAAAGAGAGAACCCUAACGUGAAUGCCAUUGUGUUGCUUGAAGGAACCCCAACAACCUUGGACUUCAGAUGCGAUAGGGUUUGGGUUUUUGUCAAUGAGGCUGGAAAGGCUCGAUGAAUUCAUGCAUGUGCAUAUACAUGGCAGUGAGCAUUGUUCUAAUGAAGUAUUUACUUGUAUCGUCCACUACCAUUAAAAUUUUAAAUAAAGGAUGAUGUAUUAUGUUUGUGAUUGUCUUAUUUUAGUUUGAAAAGCAGAUUACUUAGAUAUAAAUGUUGGAAAAAAAAUGGGUUUCACAAAGGAUGAAUGACACAGAGAAGAAAGUGUUGCACUCCAAAA